UGGACGCUGACAGAGCUGAGUGAAGUGCUGAAGGUGCCCGUGACAUCACUGAAGCGUAAGAUGACGUUGUGGCUGCAGCAGGGUGUCCUGCGUGAAGAGCCCCAAGGUACCUUCACUGUGAUUGAGGAGGAGCAGAAGGACCAGGUGGAGAAGGUUGUUCUGAUAGACAGUGACGAGGAGGGUGACUCUGCCAUGGCAUCACAGGCUGACCAGAAAGAGGAAGAGCUGCAGCUGUUCUGGACGUACAUCCAGGCUAUGCUGACCAACCUCGAGAGCCUGUCCUUGGAGAGGAUUCACAGCAUGCUGAAGAUGUUUGUGAUGACAGGUCCGGUGGUUACAGAAAUUGAUAUCCAAGAGCUGCAGGGUUUCCUCCAGAAAAAGGUCCGAGACCAACAACUCAUUUACUCUGGAGGUGUCUAUCGCCUGCCCAAGAACUGCAACUAG